AUGUAUUGCCGCAAGCGAAAUUCGGUCGCCAAUUUUGGAACCUGUUUAGAAAUUAUAGGGUCAGCUCUUGGCAUAAGUGCACAGUUCAACAUAAACCGCCUCAAUAGAGUGCCUCAUAAGAGGGAUAUUUGCUAUAGUUGCUACGCUUGGCAAUCGGGUUGGCAACAGCAGUAUUUUAAUAUUUUUAGUUAUCAAGGAGGUGCUAUUGCCCGUCUUCUGGUUCACUUCCCUCUGUCGCCUCUUACGACACCCACGAGAUACCUAGUUGAUUCUCUUACGUCGCCACUUUAA